AUGAGCAACUCUAACCUCCAAAAGCCAAUCGACGUGGCUGAAUACCUCUUCAAACGUCUCUACGAAGUCGGCGUCCGAUCUGUUCACGGUGUUCCCGGCGACUACAACCUCGUCGCCCUCGACUAUCUUCCUCAAUGCAACCUCAAGUGGGUCGGUAGUGUUAACGAGCUUAACGCUGCCUACGCUGCUGAUGGAUAUGCCCGUGUCACCAAGAUGGCUGCUCUCAUCACCACCUUCGGUGUUGGUGAGCUCUCUGCCGUCAAUGGUGUUGCUGGCUCUUACUCCGAGCACAUCCCCGUCGUCCAUAUUGUUGGAUGCCCUUCUACCAUCUCUCAGCGUGACCAGAUGCUUCUUCACCACACUCUCGGAAACGGCGACUUUGAUGUCUUUGCCAACAUGAGCGCUCAAAUCUCUUGCAACGUCGCCAAACUCAACAAGCCCUCCGAGAUUGCCGAGCAGAUCGAUACUGCUCUCCGCACUUGCUGGCUCCGCUCUCGUCCCGUCUACAUCAUGGUCCCUACCGACAUGGUCCAAGAGAAGGUUGAGGGUGCUCGACUUGACACCCCCAUCGACCUGUCUGAGCCUCAGAACGACACCGCUAACGAGGAUUUCGUCGUUGAAGAGAUCCUCAAGGCUAUGUACGCUGCUCAGCGCCCUGUCAUUCUUGUCGACUCUUGUGCUAUCCGCCACCGUGUUGUCAAGGAGGUUCACCAGCUCAUCGACAAGCUCGACCUUCCCGUCUUUGUCACCCCCAUGGGUAAGGGUGCUGUGAAUGAGGACCACCCCAACUAUGGUGGUGUCUUCGCUGGUGACGGUUCUCAUCCCGCUCGUGCCCAGUCUAUCGUCGAGGGCUCUGAUCUCCUUCUCACCAUUGGUGCUCUCAAGAGUGACUUCAACACCACCGGUUUCUCUUACCGCACAUCACAGAUCAACUCUGUUGAUUUCCACAGCACUCACUGCAAGGUCCGCUACUCCACAUAUCCCGGCGUUGCCAUGCGUGGUGUUCUGCGCAAGAUCAUCGACCGGGUCGACCCCAAGUCUAUGCCCGCUCCUUCUAUCCCUGAGGUCAGGAACGAGGUCGAGAAGAACACCGACGACUCUGAGAUCAUCACACAGGCCUGGCUCUGGCCCCGCGUUGGCGAAUACCUCAUCCCCAACGACAUCAUCGUCACUGAGACUGGUACCGCUAACUUCGGUAUCUGGGACACUCGAUUCCCUCGUAACGUCACCGCCCUCAGCCAAGUUCUCUGGGGCAGCAUCGGCUGGUCCGUUGGUGCUUGCCAGGGUGCUGCUCUCGCUGCUAAGGAUGCUGGCAAGGAAGGCCGAACAAUCCUCUUUGUUGGCGAUGGAUCUUUCCAAUUGACCGCCCAGGAGCUGAGCACCAUGAUCCGACACCACCUCAAGCCCACAAUUUUCGUCAUCUGCAACGAUGGUUUCACCAUUGAGCGAUUCAUCCACGGUAUGGAUGCUGUUUACAACGACAUCAACAACUGGAAGUACAAGGACCUCGUCAGCGUCUUCGGUGGCGAGAAGACCUGCAAGACCUUCCAGAUCAAGACCAAGACUGAGCUCAACGAGCUCCUCACCAACAAGGAGUUCAAUGCUGCUGAGUGCUUGCAAUUCGUCGAGCUCUACAUGCCCAGAGAGGAUGCUCCUCGCGCUCUCAUCAUGACUGCCGAGGCCAGCGCUAGAAACAACGCCAAGAAGCACUAA